GGCCUUUGGCCCCAAGUGACCAUGGGCAGUGUCAGCAGCCUCAUCUCAGGCCACAGCUUUCAGGGCAAGCACUGCCGGGCCUCCCAGUACAAGCUUCGUAAGUCAUCCCAUCUAAAGAAACUUAACAGGUAUUCAGAUGGGUUGCUGAGAUUUGGCUUCUCGCAGGAUUCGGGUCAUGGUAAAUCCAGUUCUAAAAUGGGCAAGAGUGAAGAUUUCUUCUACAUCAAGGUCAGUCAGAAGGCCCGAGGCUCCCACCGAACAGACUACACCUCAUUGUCCAGUGGGGAGAUGGGAGGCCAAGCUGGGAUGGACUUUGGCACCCCUCCGAAGCUCAUGCCUUUCUCCAAUCAGCUGGAACUGGGCUCAGAAAAGAACAUGGCCAGACCGACAGCCUUCAAGCCUGUGCUGCCCCGCUCAGGAGCUCUCCUCCACUCCUCUCCCCCCGAGAACGCCAGCCACCAGCUGCACCCGGCUCCUCCGGAGAAAGCCAAGGAGCAGGAGCUGAAGCCGGCCCUGUGCUCCGGCGCGCUGUCCGACUCAGGCCGGAACUCCAUGUCCAGCCUCCCCACUCACAGCACCAGCAGCAGCUACCAGCUGGACCCCCUGGUGACCCCCGUGGGGCCCAUCAGCCGCUUCGGGGGCUCGGCCCACAACAUCACCCAGGGGGCCAUGCUUCAGGACAGCAACAUGAUGAGCCUGAAGGCCCUGUCCUUCUCCGACGGGGGCAACAAGAUCGGCAACCCGGGCAAAGCGGACAAGGCCGCCUGCAUCCGCUCACCGCUCUCCACCGACGAGUACACCAUCCAGGAGCUGGAGCAGAAGCUGCUCCAGAGAGAGGGCGAGCUGCAGAAGCUCCAGAGCAGCUUCGAGGAGAAGGAGCUGGCCUCGAGCCAGGCCUACGAGGAGAAGCAGCGGCGCUGCCAGGAGGAGCUGGACGGGCUCAAGCAGAAAUGCAGCAACAAACUGAGGCAGGCCUCCCAGAAGGGCCAGCGCACCCAGCAGGCCCUGCAGCUCCAAGUGUUCCAGCUGCAGCAGGAGAAGAAGCAGCUGCGGGGGGAGCUGGAAAAUCUCAUGAAGGAGCAAGACCUGCUGGAGACCAAGCUGAGGUCCUACGAGAAGGAGAAGACCAGCUUCGCCCCUGCCCUGGAGGAGACCCAGUGGGAGGUUUGCCAGAAGACGGGUGAGAUCUCCCUCCUGAAGCAGCAGCUGAAGGAGUCCCAGACGGAGGUGAAUGCCAAGGCCAGCGAGAUCCUCAGCCUGAAGGCACAACUGAAGGACACUCGGGGCAAGCUGGAAGGGAUGGAGCUGAAGAGCCAAGACCUGGAGAGCGCCUUACGGACCAAGAGCCUCGAGCUGGAGGUGUGUGAGAAUGAGCUGCAGCGGAAGAAGAACGAGUCGGAGCUGCUGCGGGAGAAGGUGAACCUGUUAGAGCAGGAACUCCUGGAGCUGCGGACUGAGGCCAGCCUCCACCGCCAGGAGCGCGGCCACAGGGGCGAUGCUGAGUGGGAUGGCAUCUCCCUGGGGGCCGCUCUAGCCUCCGAGGACAUCCCUGCCUUGCAGAAGGAGCUGGAGCGGCUUCGAGCCGAGUUAAAGGAGGAGCGGCAGGGCCACGACCAGAUGUCCUCCGGCUUCCAGCAUGAGCGGCUGGUGUGGAGGGAGGAGAAGGAGAAAGUGAUCCAUUACCAGAAGCAGCUGCAGCAGAGCUACCUGGCCAUGUACCAACGCAAUCAGAGGCUAGAGAAGGCCUUGCAGCAGUUGUCCAGGGGGGAGGGGAUUGUUGAGCCCUUGGAGAUUGACAUCCAGGGGGCUGAUGUCCCCUAUGAAGACAUCAUUGCCACUGAGAUCUGA